AUGGGGGAAAAGGUUGGGAAGGAUGGAAAGGGUGGGAAGGUGAGGAAGGGUGGGAAGGUGGGGAAGGGUGGGAAGGAUGAAAGGGGCGGAGGUGAUGGAGAGGGUGGGGGACGAACGGGUAGGAAGCGUGGGCAAGGGGAGGAUGUGGAGGAGGAGGAAGAAGAGGAGGGAGAGGAGGAGGAGGGCGUUAAGGAGCGGAUUCGUAGUGGGGAAGAAGAGGGAUAUGGGGGGGAGGACGAGGAGGAAGGAGAGGAGGGUGAAGAGGGAGAGGAGGACGAGGAGGAAGAGGAGGAAAGUGAGGAGGAAAGGAAAGUCCGUGGGAAGGGCAGCAAGGGGAGGGUGAUUAGUAAAGGAAAAGGCAGAGGCAGGUCUGCUAUUGAUACCAUAACUGGAAAAUCGCGGAAGAAAGGGGAGGUGAGUGAGGAGGAAGAGGCGGAAGAGAAGGAAGAGGAGGAAGAUGAUGAGGAGGGAGAGGAUGAGGACGAAGAAGAGGAGAGUGAAGAGGAUAGUGAGGAGGAAGGGAAAGUGCGUGGGAGGAGCAGCAACAAAAGGAUGGCUUCUAAAGUGAAAGGAGGAGUUGGUGGUGCUGCUAGUAAUGCCCGUGCUAAGAAACCGCGCUGGGAAAAAGAGAAGGACAGGGAGGAAGAAAGAAGGGAAGAAGAAGAGGAAGAGGGGAGCGAGGAGGAAGAGGAAGAGAGCGAGGAGGAGAGUGAGGAGGAUAGCAGGGAGUGGAGGGGAAUUCGUGGGAGAAAAAGCAAGGGAAAGCUGCUCUCCAAAGGGAAGGGCCGGAGUGGUGGUGCUGUUGGUGCAACAAGGGCUGGGCGAUCGCGGAAGAGAAAAGGUGCAGAGAUGGAAGAGGAGGAGGAGGAGGAGGAGGAGGAUGAGGAGGAGGAGGAGGAUGAGGAGGAGGAGGAUGAGAGUGAUAGGGAUAGUGAGGACGAAUGGAAGGUGGAAGGAUGGGUUAACAAUGGAAAGUUAGAGAUUCGUAUCGGGAGUAGCAACAAGGGAAGGAAGAAAGCACAGAUGAAGAGGAAGAAGGAUUGUGAGGAGGAGGAAGCGGAUGAGGAAGAGGAGGAGGAAGAAGGGAGUGAGGAGGAGGAGGAGGAGGAGGAGGAGGAGGAGGAGGAGGAGGAGGAGGAGGAGGAGGAGGAAGAGAAGAGUGAGGAGGGAGAAAAGAGUGAGGAGGAAGAGAGGAGGCGGUAA